AUCCGUCGUGACCUUGGUCGUGUGUGCCGGGCAUGCCAUCUUCUUCACCGUUCAGUAGUAUAGUAAUAGCCAGUUUGUUUAUCUACACCUAGCCAGUGCUUUUCUAUCGCGCGAAGUUUAAGUUCAACACACCUUCACACGCGUUAUUAGUCGUCGGUCAUGGCCGAAUGCUGAACGAUACUAAACUAUAAUUUAUUGGAAUUUACGUAAUAUAAUCAAUUCAAAUUCAAAAUGAAAGUAGCACUAGUUAUUUUAACGCUUGUGACUACCAUGGAGCUGGUACUAGGUGUACCGAUCUAUGGUCCACCGCAACCGUUGCCGAUUCCGCACAAGUACAGGUCUCCAAAUGGAGCACCCUUCCCCGCCAAAUAUCCUCCUCAUCUUAAUGGUCAACCGGGAAAAAACGAAUUUUAUUCGAAAUUUAAUCCUCAUUCACUGCCACCAGGCUUACGCGGGCCUGCACCCCAACAGCCACCGCCUUUUGCUAAAUAUCCUAAUCAGCCAUCUCCUGGAAAACAUCAACAACAGUAUCAACAACAAAACCAACAACAACAUCAACCACAACAACAUCAACUGCAUUAUCAUUCACAACAGCAACAACAACAGAAACAUCAACAACAACCACAUCACCCACAGGUCAACAAUAGACCACUAGGACCACAGUUCCAGUCGAAACCACACUUGUUGCAAAACAGCGCUCCUCAUCAUCCUUCUCAACAAGGUCAAGUUAAUAAUAAUCCUGAACAGCGAGUACAAUUAGUAUCAUCGCGGCCCACCCCUAAGAUAACCAACGUCUGGACGGGACCUAAAGUUUCCGAAUCACCGGAAUUACCAACACGUUUCUCCGCUGCCGCCACUCACAUAGCUCCGGUGACUACGGUUCCGUUUUUGGAAAAACCCAGAGGACCUUACAUAAUCAACAGCGAUGAUGAAAGGGGUCCUAUUAAGACCAUACCGGCGCCGAACCUCAACCCAGCAGACAAACCAGCCAACUUCGAAGAACAAUUGUAUAGGGCGCAACACCAACAAUCAUACGUUCAACCUUUAGACAAUUCAAUAACCGACGAAAAACUUUCGUACCAGGUAACCGAAGACCCGAACGUUUACAAACAAUUUAACGGCCAACCGUCUUACAAAGAACCGUCCAACACGGACUCCAACUCCGCACCGGCCGUGCCGCUGGACAUCGCCCUGCAACAGCACUUGGAUAACCAACAUCAGCAACAGGUAUCGGCCGAGCAGGUCGGAUCGACGGGCACGUUGACCCCCCAAGAGUUGUACUCGCUGUUGAACGGUAACCCAUCCGGCGCCGCCGCCGCCGCCCCGGCCGUGGUACCGCAGACCACGUACAUGGUACAGCAACCCGUCAUGUACGCCGUACCGCAACCACAGCCUUUGGACCUGCAAGUCGGUCACCAGCUCCAGUACCAGGCGCAACCGGUGCAGUUGCAGUACGCACAACAGCCCGCGGCCACGGGCGUCCAGUUGCAGUACGCGCAACCGGCCGCCGCCGAACUCCAGUACUUGCAGCCGCAAACUGUCCAGUACCAGCCACAAGCUGUCCAAUAUCAACCGCAAACCGUCCAAUAUCAACCGCAAACCGUCCAAUACCACGUUCAACCCGAACACUUGCAGCAGCAGUACCAGCAGCAACCGGCGGAACAGUACAACGGCGCGCCGCAGACGACCGCCGCCGAAAUAUCAGCGCAAAAACAACAACAGCAACAGGAGCUGAUACAGCAGCAACAGGAACAACAGCAGGAACGACAGGAGCAACAGCAACGCGAGCAGCUAAAACAACAGCAACAGGUGGAGCAACAGCAGCAGCAGCAGCAACAGCAGCAACAGCCGGACAACGACGUGCAGUACCAACAGGAACAGAACGACUACGAGCCCAGGAACAACGGGGACAAGGGAUCGGCCGAACAGCCUCUGGUGGCCGGCGACGACGGCGGGCGCGGCGAUCAGAAGAAGUUGCAGGACAUCAGGGACCAGUAUUACUCGGCCGUUCCCAACGAACAGACGGCCAGCGUGCUGGCGCAGAUCGCCCAGUCGGCGGCCAACAGCGACGCGCCGGCGGCCGACGAGCCGAAGCCCUCGGAAAAUUCGCCGUCCGAUCAGUCGGUGCAGAUGCACACUUCGGUGCAGAUCCAACAGUCGGUGCCGCUUUACGAGGCCACGUACGCGUCGUCGAGGCGCACCAAUCAGGAGUACGUGGACGAGGACGCCGGGGCGGAAGAGCUGAUGGAAGGCAGCGAAUCGGUGGCCGUCUCCGAAUCGUCGGCGCCGCCGCCGUCACAGCCGGAUUUUAACGGACACGCUCCGGGUCAGUUCCCGUACAACGCGGCCAAUAUAAACGCAUUCGCCGCCAACUAGUCCUAUAUUAUAAUGGAUAGCUACGCGACAGUUUUCCCCCGACCGGACAUCCGGAACGCGACUUCGGUGUGUGCCGACCAGUUCAUGCGUUUUUGAUAGCUAUAUUAUAUCAACACUAUAUAUAUAUAUAUAUAUAUAUGUUAUAAGACAGGCACUGUAUUUUUUAUGAUAUACUAUUUUUAUUAUCUUUUUUUUUUUUUUUUUAAUACGCCGAUGUCAAUAUCACAUUGUAUCGCGGUGAAAUUUAUUUAUUAUUCUUAAUUUAUUUUCGUUUUAAUCUAUGUUCGAAACGGUCGACAUCGACACUCGAUAAGCGUUUCGUCGUACACGCGGACACGCUUAAUUAUUUAUUUAUUUGUACGCGUCUAGUUAAGUAAUUAUUAAUAUGUUAUAUUUUUUUUAAGACUAACUGCGUGAACAAUUGCUCAAUUUUAAAGUUAUAAACCGCUGGCCAUAACCACAAUUUUUCUCGAAGCUAACGGGCCGAAUAUCUUGUCGUUCGGAUCAGAACACGAUUCGCGUGCACACUUGAAGUUCAAUUGGUAUAAAUAUCAAUCAAGCUGAACAGUGAACAUAUACACCGUAGUGACUUCGCCCACAACAGUUUCCAAUAUUAAUUUCAAUAAGUAAUGACAUACAUAAAAAACACCAUGACAUGUUUAUUGAAAAAAUUUAAGUGUACUUG